AUGCCGCGUCGAAAAUCGGGUGCGGGACGCGUCACGCCCUCUCGGCGCCACAAAAAAGACGACGAUGCGCCCAUCCACGUAUCGGACAGGGAGCGCGAAGUGUUUCAGGCCGAAAUUGGUGGGCGUGCUGAGCGCUGGGCCGAAGAGUAUGCAGAUAUCGUGGAGCAAUUGCCUCUAGAGUUGCAGCGCACCUUUCAUCUCCUUAGGGAGCUUGAUCAGCGCAGCGAGACGGCGAAGACAGAUAUGGACAGUGUCUGGAAGGCAUAUAGCUGCGCACGCGCCGAGUCGAGUGACGAGGCCCAGCGCUACGCUCAUCUCAUGCGCCUCCGUGACACGUCGCAGCAGUCUAUCUCGCUGGCCGAGGAAAAGCUUGCACUGGCCUUAUCGGCCUACGACACGGUCGAUCGGCAGAUUCGGCGCCUCGAUAACGAUCUGCUCAAGAACGAGCGCAGCCUCUACGCGGGCUUACGUCACGAGCUUGAAGGCCACGACGAUACGCUCCAAACGCCUGUGCCCAAAGAGACAGAUCGAUUUUCCCCCGCAGGACAGCUACUUACAUUUUGGAGCGGCCUCGUGUCGCUCGACCCGCUCGUGUGUCUUGCCUACUUGCAGGAGCACAUGCAAAAGCAGGCGCCUGAGCCCUCGACGCCCCCAACGCACGCUCUCGUGCCCCUCGACACGAUCGAGGCGGAUCCCAGUGAGCCACGCUACUGUUACUGCGACCGUUUUUCCUACGGCGAUAUGGUCGCUUGCGAUAACGACGACUGCCCCCGCGAGUGGUUCCACAUUGGGUGCGUCGGUUUGGAUCAGCCGCCGAAAGGCACCUGGUACUGCCAAUUCUGCGCGCCACCCCAUUGGAAAGGCCCCGGCCAACAAAUUCCGCCCCAUGCUCCACAUCGUCCUCCGCCGCGCGCGUCUUAA